UCUGUCUCUCUGGAUGUGCCUGUUCUGGAAGUUUCCCAUCUAUGGAGUUGCACACUGUGACCUUCUGUGUCUGUUUUACUCACUGAGCAUCGUGGUCUCAAGGCCUGUCCAUGUUGUGUCAGUGCGUUGCUCCUUUUUGAGGCUGCGUGAUACUCCACUGUGUGGAGGGUUACAUUUUGUGUGUGUGUUCUGUAGUUGGUGGGCAUUUGGAUUGUUUCCACUCUGUGGCGGUUGUAGAUCGUGCUGCUGGGAACUCGGCAUGUGCACACACUGGAUAUUGGAUAUAUUUUGGAAACAGAUGAAGUACGGGCUGGGGUGGGGAGAGAAUGUGGGAGCUGAGGUUGCUGCAGGGUCCCAGCUUGAGCAUCUGGGAAGGUGGCACUGAGGGUGCAGGAGGGAAAUUCAGACGCUUCCUUCGGUUCAGGGCCCUUCACAGGGGUGCUAGGAGGCUAAGGAGAGGUGGAGGGGGAGCCCCAUGCCAGGGUGCCACCUCCUUCCUCCAGCCUCUGUGCUCCUGGCCUCUUGGCAGGGGGCCAGCCUGCCCAGCUGUUGCCAGGACACUGGGGUGCCUUUGUUGCUGUCAACAAUGGCCCCACAGGCCUUGGAGGCAUGAGCCCCUGGGCAUCCAGAGGCAGACAUGCAGACCCUGAGGCGGAAGGCUGCCCAGCCCUAUGUCCCCCGGGAUACCCUUGAGGUGGACUUCCCGGCAUCACUGUACAGCGAUGACUACCUGUCCCAGGAGGGCCCCCGCUGGACACCAGCCAUCAAGCAAGCGACGCGCUGGAAGUACACACCCAUGGGACGUGAUGCGGCUGGCCAGCUCUGGUACACCGGCCUAACCAACUCGGACUCCCGAGAAGCCUGGUACACGGUCCCAAGGGCCCUGGACAGCCCGUAUCGCGAGGCUUAUGCCCGCUGGCAUGGAUGCUACCGCCACAGGGAGCAGAGCAUGCCCUCAGCCUAUGCCCAGCGCCUCUGGGAGACCGCCUGGUAUGACCCCAUCAUCCCGGCCCAGUACCGAGACCCCAGCACGCGGUGGGGGAGCAUGUUGUGGAAAGACAGACCCAUCCGGGGCAAGGAAUACGGUGAGGCUGGGAGCCAGGGGCAGGAACAAGGCCCCUUGGGCGGGAGUGGGGGGGGGGAACCCCCCAGGGCCAGGAAGCUGAGGCCUGACACUGACCUGGUCCUGGCCCCCACAGUAAUCAACAGACACCGAUUUGGGGUGGAGCCACUGUGGCGGGCGUCUGACUAUGUGCCGUACCUGUCAGCACCUCAGCACCCGCGCUACACCGCCCAGAACUACCGGCAGUGGGACCUAGAACCCUACUGCCCCUCUACCAACCAGCGGCCCCCACCCAACUACACGCCCAUCCACGGAUAA